AUGCUUGCCCUGAGGCCUGCCGCUGCAUCUGCCACUGUGGCAGUCGCGCGCCACUGCACCACCACGGCGUUAGCUCGGCUCUCCAACACGCGCGUCUCGCUGCCAAGACCGCCAAGCACAAGCACAGGCGCCGCCGCCGCCACAGUCCCGCCCUGCCGCGCUGCCUCGACCUUUCUCCCGGCGAUGGCAUCGACAGCAGCACUCCCAUCCACAUUGUGUGCUCCUGGCGCAGGAAGCGCAAGACGCUUGACAUUGCCAAGACCGACCAGCGCUGUCACUGCUGCACUAGUGGGAUUGGAAACGCGGCGCAAUACUAUGCCUGCUCGCAACUUCCAGCAACUAGCUACACCCAGACAUGGACACAACGAAGAAGAAUUCGUGGGCUUCUUUCGCAAGCGCGGUGUUCAGACGGCUGUUGGAGUCACGCAAGUCAAGGCGGCCAACUGCCCGUUCUGCGGCAGUGCGUGGUCGCUCCACGUCAACCGCAUUUCAGGCGCUUUCAGCUGCACAGCCUGCUUGCACGAUGGACUAUGGGAUGCCCUGGUCGGGUUUGUUGGAAGCACGCCAGGCUCGCGAUGGGGAGACUUGACUGCGACAGUCGCACGCGCACCUUCGUCCACCGCUACCGCUGCUGCUGCUGUAACCGUCACCACCAUUCCCAAUGCCAGCAGUGCGCAGGUCCGACUCGCCCCUCAGCAUUUGCUGGCCAGGCACGCAUCGUCUGCGGCGCAGUUUCGCACCACGCAAAACUGCGCGACCAACCUGCAAGCCCUUCCCACGCCCGCGUUGGACGCGCUGCUCGCUGCCGCUGGAUGCGCAGCGCUAAGUCGUGAAACGCUGGCCAAGUACGGUGUUGGCGUCAUGCUGGUGGACAAUGCCAAGGGCGUCGUGUCGGCCCCCGCGCUCGUCUUCCCGUACACCAGCCACAUUGUCGCCAAAACUGUCCCGACAUCAGCGGAUGAGCGGGCGUCGCCGCGACGACCCGUUCGGUACGAUUCAGAACUCGACAGCCUGGCGGUCGAGGCCAGUCCUGCCGUGUUUCGCGUGUCCCAGCCCGGUCGUAUCGCCACGGUCGCCGAAGAAGAGGCCUUGCACGCACAGGCCGUCGCCGAGCAGCAUCGCCUUCAUGAGCAGCAUUUGCUGCCCUUCCAGCACGACCAGAUCCCGCAGUACUUUGUGCGGCGCGUGCGGAUGCGCACCGUCAAGGAUGUCUUUUUGCGCUCGGUCGAGGAAACCUUGCCCCGCGAACGCCUGGUUCGUGAUGCAGUCCCUCUUCCCCCAAAGCUCUUUGUCGCCGAAGCUUCGGUCGCCCCCGCCGACUCGCAGCCAAUUCCGUCUCCCGCCCCAUCUAUGGCAGCUGCACCACCUGCGUCUGGCAAGCGAGCAAUGUCCACGUCCGCGGCCGCCAUGAUCGACAUGGGCGGUAUGGACGAGGCGGCAUCCGGCCAAGCUGCUGCCACACUUCCAGCCAACCCAGCAUCGCAUUCCUUCUUUACUGCUCCGUUCGUGGACUCGACUGGCACCGUUGCGGCUGCAGUGCCCCACCCAGCAAACGCCCAGCUUUCUGUUGUGCCGUCGACUGAAUUUAUUGCAACCGCAACUCAGCUGGUCGCCAACCCAGAAGCAGUGCGCCCGCCGUUCGAGCAUCCUGGCGUGUUUGGCUGGCACACGCUGGGCUCGUCUUCCCACGACCAUCUCGUCGUCACCCUGAACGAGGUGGAUGCCAUGUUUGUCCACCAGGAGACGGGCCUUCCCACCAUCGCUCUUCUGCCGCCCAUGCUUGACACGCCUCACUCGUCCGCGCAGGCCGUCACCACCCUCGAAGGGCAAGUGCAAGCGGCGGUCGAGCAUGACGAUGCCGCCCGGCUCGUACUGCCCCAGGACUUGCUUCCUCACCUCGAGCCCUUCCGCACCAUCACGCUGUGGAUUGACUCGUACUUGCACACACCAAGCCUGGUCCGUUUUGCACGUCGCUUUGGCCUCGACCGCGUGAGUGUCGUCAAAAACCCGCGCGGUCGCCGCGAAACCUUCUUCCACCCUCACCAGGCGUUCGACGCGGGCUUGUCUUUGCGCAACAUUAUCCACAAAGCCCGCAGCUUCUCUGUGGACCGCAUUCUCACCUUUGACGAUCUCCGCGAGGAUGUUUUCGAGCUGAGCCAGAACUCCGCCCAAGCGCGCGGCAUUCCGUUUGUCAACUUUCCUUUCCUGACGUCGAUUGUUGGUGGGCAUCGUCGAGGUGAAUUGACCAUUUUCACGGGACCAACAGGUGCUGGUAAGACGACCGUACUGUCCCAGCUGUCGCUGGAACUGGCCAGCCUGUCGAACGUCCCAACCUUGUGGGGAAGCUUUGAAAUCAGAAACGCUCGACUGGCCCAGACCAUGAUCCGUCAAACGCACAACACCGACCUCGCCCAGGUCACUCGCGCGGACUUUGAUGACAAGUCGUCCUUCAUGUCUCACAUCCCAAUGUUCUGGAUGAACUUUUUCGGCCAGACCGAGAUUGACGAUGUCAUUGACGCGAUUCGCCAGGCGGAAUAUGCGUACAACAUUGAGCACGUUGUCCUGGAUAAUCUGCAGUUCAUGCUCGACAUUUCGUCCAAGAGCGGGUUUGACAAGUUCACCAUUCAGGAUCAGGCCAUCUCCAAACUGCGCAAGCUGUCCACCGAUCUGAACAUUCACAUCACGUUGGUCAUGCACCCUCGCAAGGACGAUGCCAGCAGUCCCAACCUGGGCUCUGUUUUGCACACGGCCUCCAUCUCUGGCACGGGCAAGGCGACGCAGGAAGCAGACAACGUGUGGGCCCUCCAGAAGUUUGACAAGUUUGCGGACGCUCCUGGCGGCACCCUUCGCGCAAUCGAUAUUCUCAAGAAUCGGUUUUCUGGCCAAACAGGUCUUGUCUUUUACACCUUUAACAGCAAGACGCAGUAUGUUGUUGAGCGAGCCGCCGCGCAGCAAAGCAUGUAUUCCGAGCGC